AAGUGAGAGACAAGCUUAAUGACAGAGGUUACAUCUCAGAUGAAAGCUGCUGCAGAUAAGGAAGGAAAACUGAGGACAAGUAGGAGGAAAAAGGCAUUAUGAGAUAAAAAUAUUACAAGGAGGAAGAGAGAAUUUCCUAGAGUGCCUCGGUGGAUCCUGCAGACAGACAUGAAUAAUCGCUCCAUCGCCUGGUGGCUGAAACAGAUUGGCCUGCCACAGUACACCAAGUCACUUGAGAGAGAAUAUUAUGGUCUGGAGGGUUUGCUGAGUGUGACAGAUGUAGAGCUGAAGGAUGCUGGGAUAGAGGACCCGGCACACAGAGAAACCAUCCUCAAUCAGCUUUCAAGACACCGACAGACACUGGACCCACAAUCUGGUGUGAAAGUGGAGCGGAGGGUGAGCCGGAAGUACUCUCUGGGGUCGUCUAUGGAUCUGGUGAAGCCGAGGAAGGACCUGUUUCGUCAGAGUGUUCUGCCCCGCCUCCAGCGUGCUGAUAAGAAACAUCGCCUUUCUGCUUCCUGUUCGCAGCUCCGCCCCCUGGAAGAGGAUAAUGCGAUCAGUGAGGCGGAGCGUUGUCAGGAUAGCAAACGCAGAGGCUGGAAGUUGGAACCUUGGGAAGGAAGGAAGAGCAAGAGGAGGAGUGUUAGCGCAUACUUCAGUCAGCUGAAGGUGUUUGGUGGUCGGAAAGACAUGGAUUCAUUGAAGAAGGAGCUAGAGGAGGAGCUGAAGCUCAGUACUGACGACCCGACGAGCCACGCAUGGUACCACGGACCACUGGGGCGAGAGGCUGCAGAGUCUCUGUUCGAGAGGGACGGAGACUUCCUGGUCCGAGAUUCAAACUCUGCCCCCGGGAACUACGUUUUGAGCUGCUUGUGGAAGAACGGGCCCAUGCACUUUAAGAUCAUACGAGUGAUUCUUCGUCCUAAACAGGGCUACUCUCGGGAGCUGUUCCAGUUUGAGGAGGAUCGCUUUGACAAUGUACCUGCUCUGAUCCGAUUCUAUGUGGGUGGGCGUCGGCCCAUCUCCCAGGCCUCAGGCGCUGUGGUUUUUAACCCAAUCACACGGACCAUUCCUCUGCGUCUCAUCAUGGAGCGAUAUGCAGACUGUACAAGCAGCAGCAGCAGCAGCAGUAGUAAAGGUGCAGACAGAGAAAAACACAAUCAGGCCAGCAAAAGGCGCAGCUUCAGCUCCGCACACAACGACUCACUGCAGAUCAUCAAUCCCCUGCUAAGGAGUGGAAGUCAGCCUUCUAACUUGGAGAACGUUGGAUGCAGACCUUCCCUUCAGUCUGCACAAUCUGAUGGCAACCUACGAGCUGGGGUGCAACAAAACACUAAGCAGGAGGACACCGGCCACGCCCCCAUCUCGCCGGUUUUUCGAACGGGCAGCGAACCCCUGCUUAGCCCCAGACUACGACACACACGCCCUAACUUUCCAGGUGGUGGUGUAACUUUGCGAGGUUCAGACGGACAGCUGCACCCGAGAGCUCCUCCUAAACCUCUGAGAGUCUCUGUUCUCUUCCCCAACUCCGUCCCUCCCCCACCCAGAGACCGGAACGUUGACCCCUCCUCUUUCUACGAUGAGCUGGUCGUCCAGGUGCCACAGAUGAAAGGUCAUGUGGACCGCCUGCGUGCCGAGGAGAAGUGGCAGAGCCGCGCCCGCCUCACCGAGACUUCCUUUGGCUUUUUGGAGGCAGAGAAAAACGAAGAAUCAUUACAGCUGCCAGCUCUACCACAGAAGAAGUCAGAAGUAGAAGACUGGCAUUUUGAAAAGCCACAUGUGGAGUCGGUCUCAUGUUUCCAGUUGGAUCAGUUUGAGUCGCUGCUCUUGCCGGAGAACAACCGACCUCUAGAGCCCGGCGUCCUGCUGGCGCUCAAAGAGCUCUUCAAUCGCUCAAACGCCGACAGCACCGCUCGGCACAUGCUCAGUGUCGACUGCCAGGUUGCACGCAUUGUUGGGGUGACCGAUGAGCAGAAGAGGAUUAUGGGAGUUGGAUCAGGGCUGGAGCUUGUCACUUUGCCACAUGGACGCCAAUUACGACAGGAUCUGUUAGAAAGGCAUCAUCUAAUAGCACUGGGAGUCGCAGUGGACAUCCUGGGCUGCACAGGGACUGUGAGCCAGAGGUCAACUGUUUUACACAAGUUAAUCUUAUUGGCUCAGGCCCUGAAAGAUCACGCCCACAACCUCUACUCCUUCUCAGCCGUGAUGAAGGCUCUGGAUAUGCCUCAGAUAACGCGACUAGAGAUGACGUGGCGGGCGCUGAGGAGAAACCACACGGAGACUGCGGUUCUGUUUGAGAAGAAACUCAAACCCUUCAUGAACAUGCUGAACGACGGAGACGACUCUGUAGUCCACGGUCCCAUAGCCGUGCCUCACCUGGUUCCCCUGCUGAUGGUGAUGGAGGGCGACGACCCGGUCGAGAACAGUGAGCGGGGCUGUCAGCUCCUCUACGACGUCCUCCAAUCAGCUCGCAGUGCUGCGCUGCACGCACAGGAUUAUCAGCAGCACGCACACACUCUGCUCACAGCAGGAAGCUGGGAGCCGGUGCCUGAGAUGCUAGAGGCUUUCCGGACUGAGUUCGCCCUGCGGUUGUUCUGGGGUCAGACGGGGGCCACAGCCAGCAGAGAGGAGCGCUACGAGAAGUUUGACAAGAUUCUUUAUGUCCUCUCAGAUAAACUGGAACCCGUGGAACUCACCCCACAACAGCCUGAUCCUCUAACCUGAGCCUCAGGGCCCGUUCCCCUGAGGGAAAGGGACUUUCUUCACUGGAGGAAAGAUUUUCAGUUUAGCCUCGGGGAGUUGCCAAGGCAGAGAUCUCACAUCUGAGAUCACACAGACAUAAAGAACGUUUAUUUUUCAAAUGUGAGAAUCUUUAAAGCUUGUCAAGCGACAACUUAACUUAUAAAAAAUGUCAUUAUGUCUGAACUAUGAGAGCCCUGUGCAGACCUUUACUGUGAAAAGGGCUGUGUUGGAUUCAGGCGAUCUGGAAAUUGUUUACCCAAAAACUAGCAUCUGUUUAUGAAUGUGCAUUUCUGAUACUGAGGCAGUGUUCACACACCACACCACUUUCUCUUUUAAUACUUGAGUCCAAAGGACCAUCAUGAUUAAACCUGAUUGAGUUCCCUUGUACAUGACCUGCUGCUGUGAGAGACCACACUGGAAAUUGUGUUCAUUUCAUGUCAGUGUUUCUAAAGCAAUACAUGUAUUUGUGUGAUGUUCGUGUUUACUAUUUCUCAUAAAUAAUACUCUAAAAGAACAAUAAAAGACAACCAAUGUA